AUGAUUACAGGUAAAAUUAUUUUAAAAUCAGCAACAAAAUUAUCACUCGAUCAAAGAUUUGGUAAUAUUGCCAAACAAGCUCCUCCAACACCGCGUAUUCCACAACAAACUCAUGUUAUUAUUCCACAAUCACGUACAGAUUUGUUUGGAAAUAAACGAUCAGCAGCAUUAAAUACUGCAAAUCGUCUUAAAAAACGAAGCAUUAAUUAUCGACUUGGUUUUGGCAAUAAUAAUGCUGGUCGUGGUCGUGGUGGCGGUGGUGGUGGUGCAAACCGUCCAUUUAUGAAUCCGCGAGCACCACGCGUUUUUCAACGCAUUAGUUAUGGUAAUCGAAGACGUGGUGGUGGUGGUAUUGGUGGAGGUGCUAAUUCCUAUUUGUUUGGUGGACAAAGUGGAAUGGGCGUUCGAUUACGUGGACAAGGUCGUAUUGAAACCCGAAUAUUCCGAUCGCAAAAACGUGGUUAUUUAAAUAAUAAUACAAGAGGUAGAUUUGGUGGAUUUCAAAGACGUGGAAAUAAUAAUAAUUAUAAUAAUAAUAACAACAACAACCAAGGUCGUCGUUUCGGAAAUAGACCAAAUCGCGGUCGAGGCCGUGGUGGUAAUGGUAAUGGUAAUAGAAAUUUUACACGUGGUCGUGGUGGUAAUAACCGAAAUAAUAAUACAAAUUUUUCAAAAGAAACCCUUGAUAAUGAUCUUGAAAAAUAUAUGUCGCAAACCAAAAUUGACAAUGAUUCAAUUGAUAUGAACGCUAUUUAA